GCGAGGGGGCGGGGUCUCUCUUAGCCGGUGUCGCCAGGACCCUCCUCGCUGCGUCUCGCCCAGCGUCACCUUCGCCGCCGCCACCGCAGUUGCCGCCGCCGCCACCAUGGGCUCCCGGGCCUCGUCCCUCCUGCGCGACGAGGAGAUCGAGGAGAUCAAGAAGGAGACGGGAUUUUCCCACAGCCAGAUCACGCGCCUUUACAGCCGCUUCACGAGCCUGGACAAGGGAGAGAACGGCACGCUGAGCCGCGAGGAUUUCCAGCGCAUUCCGGAGUUGGCCAUCAACCCGCUGGGAGAUCGCAUCAUCAACGCGUUCUUCCCCGAGGGGGAGGACCAAGUGAAUUUCCGUGGGUUCAUGCGCACCCUUGCACAUUUCCGGCCGGUGGACACGGUCAAGGAGAAAGAUCCGAACGCCCCCGCAGCCCUCAACAGCCGCGCGAGCAAACUCAAGUUCGCCUUCCGGCUUUAUGACCUGGACAAGGAUGAGAAGAUUUCGCGAGACGAGCUCCUGCAGGUGCUUCGCAUGAUGGUGGGCGUGAACAUCUCCGACGAGCAGCUGGGCAGCAUCGCCGACCGCACUAUCCAGGAGGCCGAUCAGGAUGGAGACAACGCCAUCUCCUUCACAGAAUUCCAGAAGGUGCUGGAGAAAGUGGACGUGGAGCAGAAGAUGAGCAUCCGCUUCCUCAACUAAGCACCGCGGGGGAGGCAGACGGCUCCCUCCCUCCCGGGCGGUGCGGCGCUGGCAGUGGGCCCGCUUGUGUGUGAGCGUCACAACCUGGGGAGCGAGGGCCUGCCGAUGUGGUGCCAGCCUCGCCGCCCCACCGCGUACCGGCCUUGCCCUUCGCAGGGGCUCUGUGAAGAACGCUGACUGCCCUGUCUGUGCGUCUGGUCGCUCGCCAAACCACUGGGAGUUUCACCCUGAACGAAGGAAGCCAAUGCUUCCACAGUAAUCUGUGUAUUUUUUCAAACACAUAUCAUGUAAACAUGUGAUGGAUGAAUUUUAAAAAAUGCGCUGUUUAUUCAACCAUUUUUCUGCAAGCAUUUUGAGAGUGUUCUAUUAUUUGGUGCAUUGCUUGUGCAUUUGUAUUAAAUGCUCUGUUUAUUUCAAUUGUGGAACGUUUUGAGAGACCAUCGCGAAUACAUGUGUUCGCGAUAGUCCGGACUGGAAGGGUGCACGAUAAUGAGCGUUGAAUUGCGUAAGGAAAUGCAGAGCGCCGUUGAGGAACGUGGAGUCACGGCUGCAUCGUCCCCCGGAGCCCCGCCACUCUACCCAGUGGCAGGGCAAAGAGGAACCCGUGAGAGCUCCUCGCUACCAAGUCACGGUCGUUUUGUUUGCCACCGUGAAUUCCAUUGUGGUAAAAGUGAAGCAUGCUGUUUUUAAAUGGAUCCCAAAAAUUAACAGUUCUGUUAACAAGUGCCUUUGCGCAUUGGUGUGAGACCUAACGGCAUCUUAUUGGUCGUCUUCUGAUGCACAUUGACAUCCAUAAGAAUGCAAUUCCCAAGAGAGUGUUUGAAUUGCUGAUCUCGUGUUCGGGACUGUGCGUUCACAUAUUGUUUUGAAUCGAUUUCCAUGUUUCAAUGUGCACACAUUUAGGAGACUGGUUUAGGGUGGUCACCCGUUCACUUUGUGACAUAUAGCAUUUUGUCAGACGUGCAGUGUGAUUUAAAUAUUUACGUGAUGUCUUGUAAAGGCAAAGUUUAUUUACGUCUAUUGUAAUGUCAGUGUUGGCCAUGCGCUUGUUAUGCCCUCUCCGGGAUGUUUCUUAUCGUCAGCGGCGGCUCUCGGCUGCAGGUUGAGGAAGCAGUCCGCCUUGGGUUUUCAUUCUCAGGUGAUAACGUGUGCAGGUGAAUCCACCGAGAGACUGGAAAACCCAACACGGACUUUGUUGCCUCCUGAACCCAGAGCACGAGCCACCGCUGCGUGUCGUGCUCACUGGCUGUGCGUCCCAUCGACUGUGAUGUAGCGCUGAUUGUCAGUGUCUGAUUGUGCUCGGUAUGUACCGUCGCGUGUAGCGACACUGUCUACCAAUGCCACUUGCGCCCAUUUCUUGUUGAUAUUCACGCUUCUGUGUGGACACGCGUCCGCACGUGACAGAGCAGUGCCAACGUAGGUUCACCCUCGUCCGUGAUGAUGACGCGCUUCGCGCAAUCACCUGAACGAGCGCUAUCCCCUGCGUUACAGCCGCAGGAGUAAUAACGUGAUAACUUGCAGCGCUCUGUCAAUCCUCUUGCUUUCUGCAUGUGGGCCUUCCCGUGCCGUGUCAAACUGGGUUUUUUUACCAUACUUCACCACACUGGUAAAGUCGGGUUAAUGAUGGGGAGGGGGUGCAGAACCAAUUAAGAUAUCACUGAUGUUAGCCAUGGCCAGAAAUCGAACUCAGGUCAUUGGGUGCAUGGUGCAGUGCGCGAACCACUGGGCCACCACUCCCCACAAAUUACGUGGUCGUAACGUCAGCUGAACGGCGUGGGCGGUAGCUGCUGUAUUAGAGCGGCCGGGUUGCUGAAGGCACCGAUGCUGCGUGUGCCGUACCCUGUGCCAAAGCCCCUGUGAUUGUCAUGGCCUCAACCCAAUCACCGAUAGUUACAUUUUUAUGUAAACAUUUGAGGGGUUACCGUAACACGUGGAUUUUUUUCAGCCAGUGUAAUUCAUAGUUGAUUUUUAUGUUAGGCCACAUGAUGAUCUGACUCUUGACUUCCUGGACUAUUACUUUUUGUCCUCAUGAUGCUAGACGUCGUUUCAAUAGAAACCUCGUAUCUUCUUAUCGCUAAAUUUAAUAAGAGCUGAAACGGUACUCGUUUGGUCACGAAACGCUUGUCCACAUCACGAUAAGUCUGGCUGUGGUCGAUGGUCCCUCAUGGCACCAAAACAUCUGUAAUAUUAAUCGUUUGAAGGGUUUUCCACCAAAAGGAUACAGAGCGACGUGUUUACUUCAUCGACAGUGGCGGUGAAGUAUAGACUCGGGUGGUUUCCACAGCGUGACGGCCCACUGCUGUUAUGAGAGAUCCUGGAAUAGAAAUUUAAAAAGGCGCUGUCAUCACUCUCUGGAUUUGCGAUAAUUCCCUAAACAACAAUAGUGGCAUUUAUUUAUUUAGGAAAUCCUGGGUUAAAAAACUAUACGACAUAAUUCAACAGUGGAGACCAAACAUCAUACUAAUUCAUGGUACUUGGUUUAAUUUCUGCCAAAGAAAGAUGAAAGUGACAUGAAGGAAAGAGGUUGAGGCAGAUUUUCACUGCAUCAACCAGGACAACGCUUGGUUAAACAGGCGAUCGCUGUGGUAGAGAAGCAUCAGUGACGGCUGGAAGGAAGAUGCAGUGUCUUGCUUUAAUAGCAGUAGUAGCAACACGUGGAUCACAUCCGCGGGGAGAACCAGCAGCAUCAGCAGGUAACCUGAUGGGUGGGUGAUGCCGUGAGUGAACACGGGGUCAGUGGAAGCAGCUCAAUUGGAUUUAAAUUCAGAGCUGUAACAAAAAAAAACCCACAGAAGUCUAUAUAAUAAAAAAAAACAUAGUUUCAUAAUUUAUGACAAGUGUGUAAAUAAAAGUGUCCAGUAUAUGCAA